AUGUUAAACUACUAUCUUGAGCAUCUGUACACUAAAGAUUUACCCGAAGGCAGCAUCAGUCAGCUGGAAGUAGUCGGGACUAGAACAACGAUCCUCGAAUCGGAGAGUCUGGCGGGUUGCCAAGUGCAGGCACUUAUUCUUACCAAUAACCAUCUUCAGCAUAUCUCAGAUCGAGCUUUCAGAAAUCAAAUAUCUUCAAUAAACGGUGUGUGGUCGCACAUGAAAACCUCAGUCUCAACCCUUUUCCUGGGCGAGAACGACAUAACCAUCCUACCGAACGAGACAACAAACCACAACGGAGUAAAACAGAGCCAACAAAGUUUACGACAAUUCAAAUCUCUGAUUUGGUUAAACUUGGACGGAAACCGAAUAUUCGAAAUACAUAAACACUCAUUACCUAUUUGCUUGAAAACCGCAAGUCUUUCCUACAACUUGUUGCACGUGUUUCCGAUCGAACUUAUAGCGACCUCCCCGUAUCUGCAAUGGCUGUACCUACGAGGGAACCACAUAAAAUUGAUACCGCAGUACACUUUACCGACGAUGUUAUACUUGGAGAAGAUAGAUUUAGCUGAAAAUUUCAUAAGUACACUGCCGGCUUAUCUCUUUAACAAUUCUCUCAAUAUAAGAGAUAUUAAUUUGGCGUUUAACGACUUUAGAAUGUUAACGGAUAAUUGUUUCUCCGGCCUAAAUACAGGAAGAAUUAUUUUAUCGUAUAAUUCUAUCGAAAAAAUGGACUACGAUGCUUUUAACGGUAUUUUAAGUUCCCUGGAAUACUUGGAUCUUGACCACAACAAUUUGCAACGUAUUCCUGGAGGAAUUCGAAGAUUAAAAGGAUUGAAAUAUCUAUAUAUUUCUUCGAAUUUACUGAAAGAUAUUGAUCCAACAGCUUUUGAUAAUUUUGCGCCAAGUUUAAGAGCGUUAAGUUUGAGUGGAAAUCAGCUAAUUGAAAUCCCAUCAACAGCUUUACAAAACUGUACCAAACUUUCACACUUCAACAUCGCUUUUAAUGAAAUAGUUGAAAUUGAUGAAGGUGCGUUCCAAAAUUGGGGAUCGACUAUUAAAAGCCUAGUUUUAUCCAAUAAUCGGUUAAUAAAGCUAACAAAUAACGUUUUUGAUGGUAUGGAAGAACUUAACGAGUUAAGUUUGAGUUUUAACCCUCUUAGAUUUAUAGAAAAAGACACUUUUACUGGCUUAACAAAGUUGGAAAGUUUCGAAUUAUCUUUCGGAUUCGAGGAAAACGAACUAAACUACGAAAUUUUUGACCCCAUGAUCAGCCUAAAAGGUCUAUCGCUGGACCACAAUAAUAUUGUUUCGAUUUAUCCGUCGUCUUUUUUAUUGCCGGAGCUAAUGUACCUCAAUUUGGAGUCUAAUAAGAUUAGAGCGAUCCCGAAAACGUUCCUUAAGGCGAACGUUCACUCCAAGCUUCAGGACAUCCGCUUUUCAGACAACGAGCUGACGGUUAUCGAGACUGGCACGUUUAGAGCAUUACCUAAUUUGGAAACUGUCCUGUUAUCCAACAACAAGAUUAGGAACAUCGAGAAGCAAUCGUUCUCCGACCUGCCAAAACUCAAUACGGUCAUUCUUUCGCAUAACAGGUUGAGCGAUAUUAGCCGUGAUGCUUUCACGAAUUUGCAGGGCGUUGGGAAGAUCGAUUUUUACAAUAACUUGUUGUCUGAAGUGUCUUUUACGUUUUUCACGAAUAUUUCUGGAGCACUGCACUUGAAUUUCAGCAGAAACCAAAUUGUUUCCUGCGUUUCAGAUUCUAGAGUUUUAAAUAUACAAGUUUUCGACUUGAGAUAUAACAAUUUAGAUAAAAUUCCCGGCUGUAUCGAAAAAACUUCCGCUUUAAGAAAACUUUAUUUGGAUUUUAAUAUAGUAAAUAAUUUAGAUCAUAGCGUUUUUAUGCACUUGACCUCUUUAGAAUAUUUAGGAUUGCAACAGAACAACAUAAAAAGUGUGAAAAAGAAAGCAUUUUUUGGAUUACAAAACCUCCAAUCUUUGGAUUUAUCGAAAAACUUUAUUAACCAACUGCACAUAGGACAAUUCGCCAAUAUGUCAAAAUUGAGGAUACUAAAUCUUAGUGGAAACCAUUUAAGUUACCUACCGAAAGAGAUCUUUAAAAGUACUCACAUCGAAAUGCUAGAUCUCAGUUUUAAUUUGUUUUCAGUUGUGCCUAGUACAAGUCUGUCAGACAUCGGCAUAUCUUUAAGGCACUUCUCCAUGAGGUCCAACAACAUUGAACACAUCGAUAUAACAACAUUUCCAGAUAUACCGCUAUUACAGCAUUUAGAUCUAGGAAACAACAAACUAACUAUUUUACCUGAUAAUGUAUUUACUAGUUUAGGACUUCUCCAAACAUUAGACCUAAGUUUUAACCCACUCAGGUCAAACUUUAAGGAAUUGUUUCAUUAUGCUCAAGGUUUAAAGUUUUUAAAUUUAGCUAACACAGGCAUGAUUGCUACGCCACAUUUUCCCCUGCCAGAUCUAAUAUCGCUAAACCUCUCCUACAACAGUAUUGAAGCAAUCAACAAAAACUCUGUACAACAGUUAUCAAAUCUAAAAUCUCUAGAUUUGAGUCACAAUAAUUUACUACAAGUUCCUUCUCAGCUUUGGAUCCAUCUUCCUAACCUAAAAACUCUAGAACUGUCAUACAAUCCUAUCAAAGAACUGUUGUUUGAUAAUUUUGUAAACUUGCAAAAUCUACAGGAACUGAAUAUACAACAUCUAAAUUAUUUGAGUAGGUUUGAAAGUGAAGCUAUUACACAGCUAAAGAUCUUAUCAAAACUCUCAAUGCAAACAUGGCCUAAAAUCGAAAACUUUUCUGAAAAGUUGUGCCAAAUGCUUUCAAACAUCGACCAAUUACGGGUUUUAAGAAUACUAGUUGUAGAACCAGAAUUGACUGACCAAUUAUUAUGUAUAACAAACAGGAAAAUUAGAUUGUUAGAACUGACGGGAAGAAAUUUGAAAGUUGUUAAUAAAGACGCAUUUGCUAGGUUUACAAAGAAUCCUGAACUAACGAUUAAACUCCAUGGAACUCAAAUAGAAGAAUUGCCCUCUGGGUUAUUUUCGAAUAUGUUUAAGAUAGCUCAUUUGACGCUGGAUCUUCGGAAUAACAUGCUGACUCACUUACAUCCGGAGAUUUUCUAUGGAAACUCGAGUAGGUGGAAGAAUGUUGGAACAACUUUAAUAUCAGGUGGCCUUUUUCUAUCCAACAACCCAUUCCGUUGCGGUUGCCACCUAUCCUGGCUGAGCCACUGGUUACGGCGAUGGACGAGGGAGAGCCUUCAGUCUCACAAUUCUCCCAUAGAAGCAGUGAUCAAAAUGAACGAAGUAAUUAAAGAGUCCACAUGUAUCGACUCCGUUACCGGGACUAGGAUACCCAUAGUGGAUCUGGAACCUGAGGACAUGAGCUGUCAUGCUAGUGCUCUUAGUAACGGGACAUAUUCGAACAACGCGUCUGUGAUAUUUGUUAUUUUGUUGAUAAUUAUUAAAUUUGUAAGGUAG